AUGGAUAAAAAGGAUGACCCGAAGGACCACGAAUUCGGGGAGGUGAAGAAGGAGAAGCCGUUAAACACUAAGAUCAGGUACUUGAGGUACACCGGAGCCAUCAAAGCUGAAGUGUUGAAGGGUUUGAUUGCUGGAGGGAUCAAAGCUGAAAAGUUGAAGACUUUUAUAAAUUGGAGCAUCAAAAACGAGAAGCUAAAGGGUUUGGUGAUUUCUAGGACACGACUGGCGCGGCUGAAAUUGUGGGCGGCACGAGCCACAACCGUGCUGCUACUGUGGGCUAUAGCAAUGCAGCUCAAGGCAUUGGGAGAGAACUUGCUGCCAUGGAUAUCUAAAAGCUCUUUUCCACCACAAAGUACGGUAGCCUUCUCAUGCAUGGCAUGCAUAUGCUUCACCAUAUUAUUAUUUUCUGUGAAAAUGAAACGUUUUUGUUUGUGA